GAGAAAACCUACGACGAAAAAAAAAAAAAACAAGCUCAUCAGCCACCGCGGCCGGACCGAACCGGCUCUCGCUUCGCGCCGGGUCGUUUUGAUUGAUAUUGUUUUUUCUUUUUAAACCCGGCGAUAAACAAAAGAGAUGAAGGGACUCCUGCCGUUUUACCGGGGCCUGAGCACCCUGAGUAACCGUCAAGCCAGACGAAAAGCUGGGAUUGUCGGUUCUCGGUGCGGGUUUUGCGGAAAUCAGUCUAAUAGCAAGCCGCAGCCAAGCUUUGGGCUGUUGUUUGACAUUGAUGGCGUACUUGUCCGGGGAAGGAUGCCAAUCCCUGCUGCAAAGAAGGCGUUUGAGAAGUUGGUCGACUCUCAGGGACAAUUUGUGUUGCCAGUUGUGUUUGUCACAAAUGCAGGGAAUUGCCUCCGACAAACAAAAGCAGACCAGCUCUCUCACAUCCUGGGAGUACCUAUUACACAAGAUCAAGUCAUCAUGUCCCACAGUCCCCUGAGGAUGUUUAAUAAGUUUCAUGACAAGUGUGUGCUGGUGUCAGGACAGGGACCAGUCCUGGAAAUUGCUACAAACGUGGGCUUUACGAAUGUUGUAAGUGUUGAUAUGCUGAGGGAAUCAUUCCCAUUGCUGGACAUGGUGGAUCACAACAGGAGACCCAAAUUGCCGUCCAAUCCUGUUGUCAACCUUCCUAAGAUUGAUGCCGUGGUUCUGUUCGGGGAGCCAAUUCGAUGGGAGACCAACCUCCAGCUGAUAAUUGACAUCUUGUUGACCAAAGGGAACCUUAGCAGUGUUCACCAAACCCAAAACGUGCCUCAUCUCCCCCUGCUGGCCUGCAACAUGGACCUCAUGUGGAUGGCUGAGGCACAUUCUCCACGGUUUGGCCAUGGGACAUUUCUUGUUUGCCUAGAGAACAUCUAUAAGAAGAUAACAGGUAAAGACCUGAAGUAUGAGGCGCUCAUGGGAAAACCGAGUGAGCUGACCUACCAUUUUGCAGAGUACCUCAUCAGAACCCAGGCCAUGCAGAUGCAAUGGAAACAUCCCGUGACUUCCCUUUAUGCUAUAGGGGAUAACAUUAUGACUGACAUCUAUGGCGCCAAUCUAUACAACCGCUACCUGGAGGAGAGAGUUACUCGAAAGAACCCCAAAGCUGUUGCUAAGAUGGUCUCCGCCAGAGGGUCCACCACUGCAGUGCCCCAGGAGGAGGAGAGGGACAAUCUGUGGGAGAGCGAGCUAGCGCUGCCCUCUGCCACUUCCUGUAAGUCUGUCCUAGUUUGCACAGGGGUGUACAACCCCAACGUAGAAGUGCCGUCGGAUGCAAGUCACUGCAUCAAAGAGACUGUGUUCCACGGCCACCGGGACUUCAGAUUUGACCCUGCGCUGGUAGAGCCAGACCACAUUGUGCAUGAUGUGGCAGAAGCUGUAGACCGCAUCUUUGAGCUGGAGAAGUUUGUGCCUCAGUAG